AUGGUGGCUUAUCUGUUUGGGCCUGUCCGUCAGCAUCCGCAGCCAGAACCACAACCUGCGCCAAAUGUGCCCCCUCCAGGAACUCGUGCAACUUAUGAGGGUGCCAGGGCAUUCGUGUUUGCGGGUGCUCGCGAAGGGAGGAGGGCACAGAGAGGGCAGGGUCAGGAUGGCAACGCUGGUGACGACGGCGUGGACAGGGCAUCGCAACCACAGGGAAGUGGGUUCCCGGAGGGCAACCCUUCUGCGUACAACCGGCGAGGCGGAGGUCUCUCUGGCAGGGGUGGUAUGAACCAAGGUGGACGGGGGGGCAGAGCGCAUCGGGGAAUUGGCGUCCCAUCGUGGGUGAACGAUGAAGGAGAGGGCGCGGGGGCUGGAUUUGGCGUCGGCGCUGGAGGGCGGGGCCGGGGCAGUGGGAGAGGAGGCCGUGGACGCAGAGGGAGAGGCUUGCGGGGUGCGGCCUUGGCAGGGGAGGGAGAGGAGUUCCCCUCGGUGGGGAUGCUGGUGAGCACGGGGAUGCCGGAGCUGAAUGGUCCGGCCUUGGAGGCGGAGAGAGAGGAGUGCCUCUUGAUGGGGAUGCUGGAGAGCAAGGGGGUGCCGGAGUUGAAAGGUCCGGCCUUGGAGGCGGAGGGAGAGGAGUGCCCCUCGGUGGGGAUGCUGGAGAGCAAGGGGGUGCCGGAGCUGAAAGGUGCGGCCUUGGAGGCAGAGGGAGAGGAGUGCCCCUCGGUGGGGAUGCUGGAGCGCAGGGGGGUGCCGGAGCUGAAAGGUCCGGCCUUGGAGGCGGAGGGAGAGGAGUGCCCCUCGGUGGUGCACCUUCCGGGAACGGAGGUGUGGGAGCAGGGUUUUCCGGCAUUGGAGGCGGAGGGAGAGGAGUGCCCCUCGGUGGUGCACCUUCCGGGAACGGAGGUGUGGGAGGAGGGUGGUCCGGCAUUGGAGGCGGAGGGAGAGGAGUGCCCCUCGGUGGUGCACCUUCCAGGAACGGAGGUGUGGGAACAGGGAUUUUCGGCAUUGGAGGCGGAGGGAGAGGAGUGCCCCUCGGUGGUGCACCUUCCGGGAACGGAGGUGUGGGAGCAGGGUUUUCCCGCAUUGGGGGCGGAGGGAGAGGAGUGCCCCUCCGUGGUGCACCUUCCAGGAACGGAGGUGUGGGAGCAGGGUGGUCCGGCAUUGGAGGCGGAGGGACAAGAGUGCCCCUCGGAGGUGCACCAGGCGGAAACGGAGGUGUGGGAGGAGGGUGGUCCGGCAUUGGAGGCGGAGGGAGAGGAGUGCCCCUCGGUGGUGCACCUUCCGGGAACGGAGGUGUGGGAGCAGGGUUUUCCGGCAUUGGAGGCGGAGGGAGAGGAGUGCCCCUCGGUGGUGCACCUUCCGGGAACGGAGGUGUGGGAGCAGGGUUUUCCCGCAUUGGGGGCGGAGGGAGAGGAGUGCCCCUCGGUGGUGCACCUUCCAGGAACGGAGGUGUGGGAGCAGGGUGGUCCGGCAUUGGAGGCGGAGGGACAGGAGUGCCCCUCGGUGGUGCACCAGGCGGAAACGGAGGUGUGGGAGGAGGGUAGUCCGGCAUUGGAGGCGGAGGGAGAGGAGUGCCCCUCGGUGGUGCACCAGGAACGCAGGGGAGUGUGGGAGGAGGGUGGUCUGGUGUUGGAGGCGGAGGGAGAGGAGUGCCUCUUGGCGGAGCUCCUGGAGGGCACGGAGGUGUUGGAACUGGGUGGUCGGGCGCUGGGGGCGGUGGGAGAGGAGUUCCCUUGGGUGGGGGUGACCAUGGGGGACAUUGACACGGGGAGGACCACGAGCACUCAUGGAGACCUUGAAGGUGAGUAUGCUGAGCAGUUCCACCCUGCUUCGGCGCUCGCCCUGCCAUGGCCAGACUGCGGCCAAGGAGGAAACACUGGGGCGCAAGGGGUAGACGAGCCAGCCUGGGAGGAGGAUCCGGUGCCAGAGGAUGCUCGGGAGGAAGCAGAUGGGGCGGAUGAUGAUGAUGUUGAACCCGGCAUUCACGUGCGCACCGGCGCUGUCCGCAACAUCCGCAUGCUUCCGCCAACAUGGCUCCUUGCAUCACUGUGGGAUUGGUUCCGCAACAAGUGGUACGAGAGGCAGGAGCACGCGCGGCACAGGGAUGAGUACCUCACGCUGGCUGCCGCGAUACGUCUGGACCAGAAGCGAUUGAGGUGUCAGGGGUACUGGUUCAUGGGGGGAAAUAACUCGGUGGGGACCAUACUGACCAGAGGUGGGGAAAACGAGACGCAGUGGCGCAGCUUCAACGUCAACCUCGACGCUCGCACAUGCGAUUGUGGGAACUGGCAGGAGUACCAGUUCCCAUGUGCACACGCAGUGGCCAUGUGCAUUCUCAAGAAAAGGAGUGUGGAGAUCCUUGUGUCCGAGUACUACACUACACGCAACCUCCGCCACACUUACUACCCACAAGUGAAUGGCACUUACGUUGACAGGCUGGUCAUAGAGGCUCCAAGGGCACCAGAGGGACGGUGUGACGCGCCUUCUCUGAUCGAGACAAGGCUUGGAAGGUCAGAGAAUCACACCCGAUUCGAGGCAGCGCCACACGCCUAUCGGUGCGGGCGAUGCCGACAGCAUGGGCACAACCGCAAAAGGUGCAAGUUCAAGUACGGUGGGUACGGCCAGGCACAGCCUGGCCAGCCAGCUGCUUGGGAGCAGGCUGAGGAGGACCCUGCUGCGGGUGAUCAGGAUGAGGAGGACCCUGCUGCGGUUGAGCAGGAUGAGUAG